AUGGCAAUGGAUACUGAGCAUGAUGAUGACUUUAUGAGGCUAGAAUUAGCUGAGAAAAGAGGAUUCUUGGCCUGUGUGGAGGGAGAGGCCAAAAAGGAUGUGAUUGAUAAGGAAGGUGUCCUGAGGAUUAAGGGGCGGGAGAAGCUUCCAGAAGCUUCGAGUUGGCAGAAGAAGUAUGCAGACCAAAAGGUCAGGGAAACGGAGUUUAUAAAGAAAGAGCAAGUAUUAUUGAAGGAUUCACCCAUGAAGAGUUUGGUGAGAUUUGGUAAGCGAGGUAAGCUCAGUUCGAUGUAUAUUGGGCCGUUUAAAGUUCUUAAGCGUAUUGAAGAAGUGGCCUAUGAAUUGGAUUUAUCUCCAGGUUUGUCCGGAGUGCAUCUAGUAUUUUAUGUGUCUAUGCCAAAGAAAUAUCAUGGUGAUGGAAACAACAUUAUUCCUCGAGAUUUGGUCUUGCUUGAUGGGAAUUUGUCUUAUGACGAAGAUCCUGUAGUUAUUCUUGAUAGGGAGGUCCGCAAGUUGAGGUCAAGGGAGAUUGCGUUUGUGAAGGUCCGGUGGAGGAAUCGUCCUAUUGAGGAGUCCACCUGA